CUCCACCGUGCUAAGGCAGUACAACAUGUUGAUCCACCGCCACCGCGAAUUGAGCCUCCUCCCCCGCCUCCUCUUUUCCGACGAAGACACCGACGCUAGCGCCGCUCCGAGCCCCUUCCCCUCCGCUCGCUCCUCCCCCGUCGCGCCAUUCCGCCCCGGCAUAGCUGUCAUCGUUGGCGUCCUGACCAUCAUCUUCUCACUGACCUUCCUCCUCCUCCUCUACGCCCGGCACUGCAAACGCAGCGCCGCCACCUACGGAGCUAGCCGCGGAGGGACUGCCGGCGGGUUCCCGUCUUCCUCUGCUUCCGAGCGCCGCCAUUCCGGCGUCGAGCGGGCGGUGGUGGAGUCGCUCCCAGUCUUCCGGUUCGGGGCGCUGCGGGGGCAGAAGGCGGGGUUGGAGUGUGCAGUGUGCCUCAGCCGGUUCGAGCCGGCGGAAGCGCUCCGGCUUCUACCCAAAUGUCGACAUGGUUUCCACGUCGAAUGCGUCGAUACGUGGCUGGAUGCCCACUCCACCUGUCCUCUCUGCCGCGUCCGUGUCGACCCGGAGGACGUCCUCCUCGUUCCCCGCACGGGGCCGCUAGAGCCGGAUCCGCGCGGAGGGGUGGGCGAGAAAGUGGAGGGGAAGGGUGGUGGUAACGCGACUCUUGCGGCGGCGCAGAAUCCUUCCGGCCGUAGGAUCUCCGGGCGACACUCAUCCGCCGGGGAACGGUCGAGCGAACCGCUCCAGAUAGUCGUCCACCGCAACGAGCCCGCCCCGUGGAGAUGGAGGCGAUCGCUGGAUGUUCCCGCACAUGCCCCAGCGGCCGCUUCGACGGCAAGCGCCGCGACGCCCAAAGUUCGCAAGGACUCGCUCCUGCCGACGGAGACAGUGGAGGACAGGGAAGCGUUCGAGCGGAGGCAUAGCCACCGGAUCGUGGUUUCGGACCUGGACCGCUAUCUUGACCGAUGGAGCGACCUCCGCCCGACGGAUCUACUCUUCCUCCGUAGGGAGAUGAUCAUCACGGAUAGCGGGAGGUUCUCGGCCUCGAAGGCGGCACGCGCCCUCUCGUCCUCGGCGCACCCCGCGACAACUAGCUCCAGAUGCGCGUCAGAGAUCUCCAGGGUCCGCAGGAUGUCGAGUGGCAGGGAAGGUUCGCUGGCGGGGCGAGGCACGGCGAGGACGGAGGCCGACGAGGAACGGACGCUGAGGCGGUGGCUAGGGUUCGCCGGGGUGCGGGUGGCAAAAGCGUCGCGGUGGACGGAGCGGCGACAGAGCGGGAACGAGGGCGAAGGACCCGAAACUGCUGUAUGAAAUGUCGAAAAUGCCCCCCGCCUCCUCCGUCGCCUUGAUCCACCAUAAUGCCCCGAAGAUUACUGAUUUUGUGUGGCUAGGCGAAGCGUAGGCGAAGUAGAACCCAAGGAAAGAGCAAGCGAUGGUCACGUGAGCCACGCAUCAAAUUGCUGCAACGUUUUUAAGGAGAGAGUCACCUCGCUGGCAUCAUCGGGACUCGCGCAUCAUCUGACACCGCAGCAGCAGAAGCGGCAGCCUCCUCGCUCGCAACGACGCAUCGCAUGUAUGCCUGGGGGAGCUCACGAGGCCAUCGUGACGGGCGCGUCCUCUCAUCCGACACGUUCGUCCAUCCGACGGCUGCCGCACGGGCAACGUGGCCUUCCCCUCAUUCCAUUUAUUUUUUACCGUUUUAACACGGGAGAUUAGUUUUCAAUGUUAAAAAAUUAAAAAUUAAAAAAAGCGACACAUUUACGAAGGGAAAAAAAAAAAAAAUUGGCUGGAUUCGUUCCUUGAUUUGGACAUGCGAGUCCCAUGUUAUGUUGCGAACGGAUGAUGGUGGCCACGUGACUGGCUACAGGCAACGGACGAAAGUGAAUACUAGCAGUUGCCUGAUCGAUCCUUGGUAAUGCAAAAUGUUCAGCCCUACGCUUUCGUUUAGAAAUUUACCCCACGAGCUGGGUUCCUAACGGAAAGACAGAAAUGCCCUCCUGUUUUUGGAUGUUCCUCCAUCGGAGGUGUAGUGGAAAUGUAGGGGCUAUCCUAUCCUAUCCUAUCCUAUCCUAUAGCUGCCGCGAGUUAGUGAGAAGAUGCAUAAUUAUGGAAGAUCGACAAGAGGAUGUAAAAGAAGAAAGCUAGCUUGCUUUUAAAGAACAACUCUAUGUUCAUCAUAGGCAUUAGAUCAGUAAAAUGUUUUUCAUAAUUUAUCUAUUUGUGAUAUCAACUUUGCCUUAAUCAUAGGGCAUCAAAGAUGUCCGACAAGACUCUUUAUAUUUAAGUCAAUCCAAUAAUCAAACUAGAGAGAAAAAAGAAUGUAUGUAUAUAAAUUGUCCUCCAAGUUGUACGAGCGAUCGUAUCUUGUUGUUGUGUCUCCUUGUCUAAUAU